CCCAAGUCCGCUCGUCCAAACUUGUUGGAGAGAGAUGCUCGGCGUCUGGGUCGGAGUCUGCUGCGGAUGGGGAACGAAGAUGAGGAUGAGGAAGAUGAAGAUGACGAGGACUUGGUGGACUUGGAAGUCUCUGAUGUGAUCUUCACUACCCUCCUGAGUCGUUUCAGGCCAAUGUCUACAGGAGCUGCGGCUGGAAUGCCGAGGGUUCAGAGCUUCCAGGUUAACGUGAACAUCCUCGAGGCUCAGAAACUGGUUGGUGUGAACAUCAAUCCUGCAGUUUUCAUCAGAGUGGGGGGUCAGGAGAGAAACACGGCGACGCAGAAAUCCACCAACUGUCCAUUCUACAACGAGAACUUCCAGUUUGAGUUUCAGGAGGUUCCACAGAUCUUCUCUGAUGAAGUCAUAGAGAUAAAGGUGUUUCACCGGCGGACGCUGGCCUUCCUCAUGACACACAUUGGGACCUUCAAGAUUGACGUUGCCACUGUGUACAAUCAGCAUGACCACAGCUUCUACCAGAAGUGGGCUCCCCUCACCGACCCUGGGGACACCCGGGCGGGGGUGAAGGGGUAUGUCAAGGCCAGCCUCAGUGUGCUGAUGAAGGGAGACGCUCUACACAUUCCCAGCAUGCAUCCUGGCUCGUCUCUGGGAGCCAGCGACGACAUUGAAAAGAACCUGCUGCUUCCUCGCGGGUUACCCUCGGAGCGCCCAUGGGCUCGGUUCCGAGUCCAGAUCUUCAGAGCUGAAGGUCUGCCCACCAUGGAGGCAGGGCUGAUGGCAAAGAUGUCCGUCUCUGACAGGGUGGUGUUUAUAGACCCUUACGUUCAGGUGACCUUCGCUGGGCAGCAGGGUGAGACAUCAGUCUCCAGUGCCUCCAGCUGUCCAGUCUGGAAUGAGGAGGUCUCCUUCAUUGAGCAGUUUCCCCCAUUGGCUCAGAGGAUCAAAAUCCAGAUCCUCGAUGACUCCAAAAUGGGAGACGUUGCUCUGGCAACCCACUUCCUGGACUUGCAGCAGAUUUCUGACCCGACCAGGGAUGGGUUUAACCCCACCUUUGGUCCAAGUUGGGUUAAUCUGUACGGCUCUCCACAGAACUCCACACUUGGAGACGUCCACCAGGCCCUGAACGAGGGCGUGGGAGAGGGGAUCUUCUACCGAGGGCGAAUCCUCCUGGCGCUCUCCAUGGAGGUGUAUUCUUCCCCCUCCACCGUCUCUGUGGACUCCUCAUCUGUGGCCUCUGUGAAGACAAAAGGAGCGCUGAGGAAGUUUGGGAUGAAGAAAAGGAAGAGCACCAAGAAGCAGAAGAAGGAGGAAAGCAGGAGGUUGACUGAGGAGUCUGAGGCGGGAAUGGAAGUUCCAGAGUCUGUAACGGUGGAGAUCGAUGAGAUCCAUCCCCUCCCCGAGGGUUUUCUGGGACAGAAGGAGGAGUUUCUGCUGUUUGCAUCUUUGUUUGAAGUCACCAUGGUGGACCCUUCCGUUGGAACCAAACCGCUGACCUUUGAACUCUCAAUAGGGAACUUUGGAAAGGCAGUUGGUAAAUCGAAGAAAAGCCAGAGUGGGAAGGAUCUAAGGAGGAGCAGGGAUGAGCUGAGGAGGAGCAGGGAGGAGCUGAGGAGGAGCAGGGAGGACCUGAGGAGGAGCAGGGAAGAGCUAAGCAGGAGCAGGGAAGAGCUGAGCUCUGACACUCAGGGCCUCCUCGGGUCAGAGGAUGAGCUGGACCGAGAAGAUUUGGAGAGCUUUGGAUCUCAGAACAGAUCUCUGUCCUCUCCAAUGCGAGCUGAACCCACCGAGUACGACAGGUCUUUCCAGUGUCUCCGGCUGCAGCCCCCAUCUAACCAACUCAAGCCCUGCCUGUUUGUCUGGGCUCAGUUUGAGGAUCACAGCUUUCGUCUCCAUCAGGCUAACUGGCUCAGCAAGAUGGCCGACAGGCUGGAGCUGGGUGUCGAUGAAGUAGAAAGACUCCUGAAGAGGCCACGAUCCAAGGCCAAGGAGCGUUUGGUGGAGGUGCUAUUGGAGCUGGUCGCCUCCUGCAAACAGUUCACCUCCUUCUCUGAGAAGAAGUCUCAGCACACUCGGCCCAACAGUCUGGACAAGUUCAGGAGGGAGUUUGUCAAGAAGAAACUCGUUACGAUUGCUCGCCAGGCUGUCAAGGUGAGGCGGAGGACAACCAGAGAGACGGUCAGACAGAAGUUGGUGGAGAGCAGGAAGCUCCUGAAGAGGCUCCGCCUCAUGUCUGCAGAGCCUCAGAGUACCAUCCCGGAUGCUUUCCUCUGGCUGCUUACGGGAAGCAAGCGACUGGCGUAUGUCAGGAUUCCCGCUCACUCCAUCCUCUUCUCAGUGGUGGAGGAGCAGAAGGGGCGGGACUGCGGCUGCAUCACCACGCUUUACCUGAAGUCUCCAGGAUGCCUCCCCAGUGACAUCUUUGCCAAGCUGGAGGUGUACCUGUGGCUCGGUCCUGUCAGGUACUGCAAAGAGGCCGUCAGCAGUUUACCACAGGAGUUCACGCCUGUGUACGAGGAGGAGGACCUUCAGGAUGAUAACAGGAUGAGCGUUCCUGUGAGUCUCACCUGCCAGGACAGCAGGUACUUCCAGCUGCGGUGUCACCUGUACCAGGGGCGUGGCCUGAGGGCAGCAGACGAUGACGGCUUGUCCGAUCCAUUUGCUAAAGUGGUUUUUUCCACGCAGUGCCAGAGGAGCAGGACCAUGAUGGACACCCUCACCCCCUCCUGGAGCCAGUGUUUGCUGUUUGACAGAGUCCUGCUGGAGGGAACCAUGGAGCAGCUCCAGCGCGAUCCCCCCCUCAUCAUCAUCAACAUCUACGAUUAUGACACCAUGGGCAGUCCGAAGCCUUUGGGCCAGGCAUUCGCAAAGCCGGAGUUUAAAACCGUGGAGCAGGUCUACGAAAAGCCUCGCCUGAGUUUCUAUGACAUCAGCAAAGGGAGAGUCUCCGCCGGAGAACUGCUGGCUGCCUUCGAGCUCAUCGAGUUUGACUACUCCGGUUUUGGAGAGCCCCUUCUCCCCUUCAGCGUGGACCCUCAGGACCUGCAGUUUCAGGAACAGGAGAGGUUCUUCAGCAUCCCAGAGGGAGUCCGCCCCGUCCUGAAGACCUUCAGGAUCGAGGUGCUGUUCUGGGGGCUGCGCGAGCUGAAGCGGGUGCAGCUUUUUGAGGUGGAGCGUCCCAUGGUGAAGGUGGAAUGUGCAGGAGAACCACUGAAGUCUGAGGAAAUCCAAGACUACAGGACCAACCCAAACUUCAAACAGAUGGUCGGCUACAUGGACGUGGAGCUGCCAGAGCAGUCCUACCUCCACCCUCCUCUGACGCUGUUUGUGGUGGAGCAUCGUGCAUUUGGACAUCUUGCUUUGGUUGGAACCCAUGUGGUCCUGAACCUCAUGGAGUACGGCCAGAGAGAUGCUGAGGAGACGGAGAAGGAAGAAGACGGCCACAAACCAAUAAGAACCAACAAAAGCACCGUGAGGAGAGCUUCAGAGAACGUCAAACCGCUGGCCUCAGUGAAGAACAUGCGACUCAGCGCGCUGACUGUAGCUCAUUCAAGAAUUCCUAUGCCUCUAAAGAAGAUGUCAAAGAGAACUGAAGAACUGGAGGAGGAGGAGCCAGAGGAGGAGGAGCUGGACUGGUGGUCCAAAUACUACGCCUCCCUGGAGGAGCAGGCACUGGAGCAGGAUGCUGAGACGAUGGAGAUGGAGGAACAAGUGGAGACAGACAGAACUACUCUGAACAUGGAGGACAUUGAAGAAGAGGAGGAGGAGGAGGAAACUGUUCUGGUUGAGAUUGAACCCCUGAAACGGAAAAAGAUUGCAACACUGAAGCUCUAUGAAGGAGACCUGGAAUCGGAAUUCAAUGACUUCCAGGACUGGCUGAAGGUCUUUCCUUUGUACAAAGGCAGAGCUAGCACUGAGGAUGACGCGGAUGACGACGAAGACAGGCUCAUGGGAAAAUUCAAGGGCUCCUUUUUGGUUUAUCCCAUUGAUCCAGAGGACAAAGGGGACCCCACUUGUCAGAUCACCAGUGGAAUCCCCAAAAAUGUGCCGGUCAAAGUCUUGGUCCGGGUCUACAUUGUGAAGGCCACCAGCUUGGCUCCUGCAGACCCAAAUGGGAAGGCUGACCCCUACCUGGUGGUGAAGGUGGGAAAUCAGAGUUUGGACUCCAAAGAUCGAUACAUCCCAAAGCAGCUCAACCCAACUUUUGGAGAGGUCUUUGAACUCAGCGUGUCUUUCCCUCUGGAGACCGAGCUGAUCAUCUCGGUCAUGGACCACGAUCUCAUCGGGUCAGAUGACAUCAUCGGCGAGACUCGGAUCGACUUGGAGAACCGCUUCUACAGCCGGCACCGGGCGUCCUGUGGUCUGGCUCUGUACUACGACACCGUUGGGUAUAACAUGUGGCGUGACGCUAAGAAGCCUUCAACCAUCCUGGCUGAGCUCUGCAGGAAAAACGGAAUUCCAUUUCCUGAAUACCGUACGUCUGAAGUUAAAGUUCUCCAGAAGAUCUUCAAAAUACCAGCUGAUGCUGUUCCAGAAGCUUUAAUAAAGAAAAACCAGUGGACCCCAGAGGAGGAGGCAGAGAAAGAAGAACAUGCUGCCCUCUACGUGUUGCACCACUGGGGGGAAAUGGAGGAGUUUCUCCCAGGAGCCGGUAGAGCCGUCGCCUUGGUGCCGGAACACGUGGAAGUCCGAUCUCUCCUGACCCAAGACAAACCAGGACAACCACAGGGUCACCUUCACCUGUGGGUGGACAUGUUUCCCACCGAUAUUCCAGCCCCGCCCCCUGUGGAUAUAAAGCCACGCCUUCCUGAGAGGUACGAGCUGAGAGUUAUAAUCUGGAACACGGAUGACGUUUUUCUGGAUGAUGUCAACCCGUUCACUGGUGACCCCUCCUCUGACAUCUACGUAAAAGGAUGGAUUAAAGGACUGGAUGGAGACAAGCAGGAAACUGACGUCCACUUCAACUCUCUGACAGGAGAAGGAAACUUCAACUGGAGAUUUGUUUUCCGGUUCGACUACCUUCCUACUGAGAAAGAGGUGGUUUUCAAAAAGAAGGAGUCCAUCUUCUCCUUGGAGGAGUCGGAGUUUCGUGAACCAGCUGUUCUGAUGCUACAGGCCUGGGAUUAUGAUCGCAUCUCCUCCAACGACUUUCUGGGCUCCAUAGAGCUGCGCCUCAGUGAAAUGGUCCGGCCUGCCAAGACAUCCAGCAAGUGCACGAUUGAGAUGGCCAAAGAUCGAGCCACUCCCCGCUUCUCCAUCUUCAGAGCCAAGAAGAUGAAGGGCUGGUGGCCGCUGGUGCGCAUGAAAACAGCAGAAGAUUUUGAGAAGGAGGAGAAGGAGAAGAAGAAAAGCAGGAAGAAGAAAAAGACCAAAGACAAAAGGAGCAAGUUGAGACAGGAGGACAUCCAGUACACUGACAACCUAGGAAACACUUUCCUGCUGAUGGGAAAGGUGGAGGCAGAACUUCAGCUGGUCACGCUAGAGCAGGCGGAGGCUAACCCUGUUGGGCGGGGCCGAAAGGAGCCAGAACCCCUGGACAAACCAAACCGUCCCACCACCAGCUUCAACUGGUUCAUCAACCCAAUGAAGACCUUUGUCUUCCUCAUCUGGAAGAAUUACAAGAAGUACAUCAUAGCCCUGCUGAUCAUCCUCAUCCUGACGCUCUUCCUGGUUCUGAUCUUCUACACACUGCCGGGGGAAAUCAGCUCCCUCAUCGUGAAGGGAUGAAGGAGCUGGCCUCUGAUGUUCCUGCUUCUCCUGUUUCAGGAAGUAAAAGCAGAGGCUGUGUUUAUUUGGUCAACUUUUGCUUUUUAUUUGAGGUAAUUUCAUUGACUGUAAAAGCUGAUGCUCAGUGACAAACGUCUACAUUUAAAUGAAAGUAUCAGCUGUGAUAAAUAAACUGUAAUCAUUCUACACAAAGAUGAUUUUGGUUUAUGUCUGCAGGACCAAACUGAAGCUUUACUUUCAUUUUAAGGCUUUCUGCUGUUAAAGAAACUUUACAUCAAAUAAACUGCUUUUGUUCUGAUUAUCAAGACAAAUUUUAUUUACAUUUUAAAUUCUGCAUGUGACAGCAGUUUCAAUAGUUUAUCUUGAGGCGGGGCUACUGAGAUUUAGUGAUAAAGAUGUUUACAGCUCUUUGUGAGAAACAGGAAACUCACAGAAAGAUGACCAAAGCAGAAAAAAACAUGAACUUUUAAUUUAGAAGUGUCUUUCUCUCUGCUAUAAUGAAGUUUGUGAGUGGAUGAGAAUACAUUUCCAUUUUCAAAGCAUUUCUGUUCAGUUUCAAACAGGAAAACCUGGUGGCUGAAGGCAAAACUGCUCACAUUUCUGGUCUGUUCAAGUUUUUUUCUAGUUUUAUUCAAUAGAGGAACUUCAGAAACCGUCAAAGCUGAAAGAACUUUCACCUCCAACCAAAGUCAGAACUGAAUCCAGACUAGAACUUUGAGACAAGCUCUUCAUUUAUUAGGAUUUGAUGACAGAGAAGACCUUUAGGCCCGUUUUGUUCAAACAGACUGUGGUCAGCAGCUUUUUUAAAGCCUCGAGGAUCUGAAUGGGAAUUUCCUUGUCACGACUGUAAUGUCCCGAGUUACUACAGAAUCCAGUAAGAAAAGCUGCUCUCCCUAACAACCUGCUCUCCCUUUAGUCUGUUAAGUUUAGUUUAGCAAUCAGUUAUUGUUUAUAUUUUAUGACCGACCUUCUGCUUCUGUACAAUUACCAGCAUGAAGCCCAACAAGGCAGCUGUUUUUGGGAUAUUGGACUAUAUAAAUAAAACUGAAUUGAAUUAACAAGUA